AAUUCCAAAGACACAAUCGAACAUCAAUGGCGACGUCGGAGAAGCAAGCCAUAGUGGUCGGAAUCGACGAUAGCGAGCACAGUAUGUACGCGUUGGAAUGGACGCUCGAUCACUUCUUCGCUCCUUUGGUUUCAAAUCCUCCAUUCAAGCUCUUCAUCGUUCAUGCCAAGCCUACUGCUGCUGCUUCUAUUGGUCUGGCCGGACCUGGAGCUGCUGAUGUAUGGCCGUACGUGGAUGCUGAUUUGAAGAAGAUCGCCGCCAGGGUUGUGGACAAGGCCAAGGAACUCUGCCUUGCUAAAUCGGUGCAUGAUGCGGUGGUUGAAGUGGUGGAAGGUGAUGCCAGGAAUGUUCUUUGUGAGGCUGUAGAGAAACACCAUGCCUCGGUGCUGGCCGUCGGCAGCCAUGGUUAUGGAGCUAUAAAGAGGGCUUUUCUUGGCAGUGUGAGUGAUUAUUGUGCACAUCAUGCUCACUGCUCUGUGAUGAUCGUUAAGAGGCCAAAGACCAAACAUUAGUCCCUGGAAAAGGCCAAUAAUCAUCGAUGUUGAACACUGGACUGUAAUACCAAUAAUGCCUGAUUAUUGAAUAUUGGUGUGAAUCAUCACAUUUUAUAUUUGUUUUUUGUAA